CAGGAAGCAGCAGAGCAGAAGCGGGCACCGCGCCAUUGCCACAGCCAUCUCCCCCCCAAUCAACUAACUGCCAACCGCGCGCCCAUCAACAAUUUCAGCAUCAACUUCCCAACAACGCCAAGCAUUCUUAUUAUUAUAUUUAUUCCACUGAGCCUGCGACUUAGACUUUCUGAUUGAUCUCGUUCGUCGUCACUAUUCUCCUGCACAAUUUUGCUUCUACUUCGUUUCCGAAUUCGAUCUCUCAAGUCUCAUCAUCGGCAGCGGCAUAGCGAGGUGCCAGAAGGAGAAAAAAGCAGAGGUAGCGGUAGUAGGUAAGCUGAUGGCGGCUGCAGCUGAGAGAGCCGCGGAGGCAGCGGUUCAGGCCAUCGGCCGAGGGUUUGACCUUACCGUCGAUUUGCGGCUCAAGUACUGCAAGCUUCAUUCGCUCGUCGCCAUCGACGAGCGGAAUUCCUUGCACAGUCUGUCCGUUCCAGUUCCCGCUGGUUUCUCCGUUCCCGGCGUUCCUAAAUCGAUCAAAUGCGAUAAAGGCGAGCGCACGAGGUUCAGCUCCGAUCUCCUCUCUUUCCAGCAGAUGUCUGAGCAGUUUAACCAGGAGUUAUCGCUCUCUGGGAAAAUCCCGACGGGCUCUUUCAAUACGGCCUUUGAAUUCACUGGAGUCUGGCAAAAGGAUGCUUCGGCCACUAAAUCCAUGGCUUUUGAUGGAGUCUUCAUCACGCUCUACAGCAUUGCUCUCCAGAAAUCGCAGGUCGUUCUCUCAGAGCAUAUCAAGCAAGCUGUUCCCUCGUCAUGGGACCCCGCUGCACUAGCAAGAUUCAUAGAGAAAUAUGGUACCCAUGUUAUUGUUGGCGUGAAAAUGGGAGGGAAGGAUGUGGUCUACGUGAAGCAGCAGCACACAUCUCCUCUCCAACCUGUUGACGUAAAGAAGAGGUUGAAGGACCUAGCAGACGAAAUCUUCAAAGACGGAACUGGCCAGAUUGGAGGCCUAAACCAAGACAGAAUGUUUGUGAAGGAGCACAGCCUGGCUUUUAUGGACCAAUUUGUUGCCAACUCUUAUUCCAAUGAUGAGGAUGUCAAGUUCAUUCACAAGAGAAUAGGUGGGUUGGAUAAAAGGCUGCCCCAUAGUGAUUGGUGUCACACUGUUCAGUUAGAACCUGAAGUCAUAUCAAUGUCUUUUGUUCCAAUCACCUCCCUAUUGAGUGGAAUCGAUGGAAGCGGAUUCUUGACACAUGCCAUUAAUCUCUACCUCCGCUAUAAGCCACCAGUAGUAGAGCUACAUCAAUUCCUGGAGUUCCAGCUCCCCAAACACUGGGCACCAGUAUUUGGUGACCUCGCACUUGGCCCUGACAGGAAGCACCAAGGCAAUUCGUCAUUGCAAUUCAGCUUCAUGGGUCCUAGACUAUACGUCAACACAAUGCCGGUAUACGUGGACAGAAAACCAGUCACAGGUGUUCGAUUAUAUCUGGAAGGCAAACGAAGCAACUGCUUAGCAAUCCACCUGCAGCACCUCUCUUCAAUCCCCAAAACAUUCCAACUGGAACAAGACAAAGCCAACGGUAAACUAUCCGCCGCUUCCUCCGAGUCCGACCGCAGGUACUACGAGAAGGUGCAGUGGAAGAGCUUCUCCCACGUCUGCACAGCCCCAGUAGAGAGCGACGACGACCUCUCCGUCGUGACCGGCGCACAUUUCGAGGUCGGCGAGUCAGGGCUGAAGAACGUCCUCUUCCUCAGGCUCCACUUCUCCAGGGUCGCCGGAGCCACCGCCGUGCGGAGGGCGGAGUGGGACGGUUCUCCCUCCGCCACGUCGCAGAAAUCAGGGAUCAUAUCGACGCUGAUCAGCACGAGGUUCUCGAGCGCGGCUCAGAAGGCGGCGGCAGCUGCUCCGAAGCCGAACGAGGUGCAGCUGAACUCGGCGGUCUAUCCCGGCGGCCCGCCGGUGGCUAGCCAGACGCCGAAGCUGCUGAAGUACGUGGACACGACGGAGAUGGCGAGGGGGCCGCAGGAUACGCCGGGGUACUGGGUGGUUUCAGGGGCGAAGCUGAAUGUGGAGAAGGGGAAGAUAUCGCUUAGGGUCAAGUAUUCUCUGUUGACUUUGGUGUUGCCUGAUGAGGAGGAUGAGAUUGUUUAGGGUCAAAACUCCACUCAGAAUCCUCUGUAGGUGGGUGAUUGUGUUUUUGACACAUUUGGAUUUGAUGGUGCAGGAUUUUGGGGCAUUGUGUGUCUGAUAUAGAGCAGGUUUGUGUUGUAUUGAUUCAAAGGGUUGGUUUCAAAUUGGUGUAUAUAAGAACGAGAAUUGUUGAACGUUGUUCUAAUUUUUACUUAAACCAUCCUUAUUUAAA